AUGGACCUUGUUCAUGAAGGACCUGAGCCCCAGCUCAAGGAAAAGUCCAUUAAAAGGAGCAGAACUGAGACACAAGAGAAGACCGAGAGCAGAAGAGAAAGCAAAGAGAAUCCUCUGAAGAGAAAAGAUAACACUCUUCCUCUUAAAAAACGACCUGUGCCCCAGCAUGAUCAGACAGUGGAAAAGAGGAGGGCAUCCAAGACACAAAAUGGAGGAAAAUUUUUUAAUCGCUACAUUUUGGGAAAGCUGCUGGGAAAAGGAGGCUUCGGUUCUGUUUAUGCAGGUAUUCGGAAAGCAGAUGGGGAAAAGGUGGCCCUGAAAUUCAUAAACAAGUAUGAGGAGUACCCGUACACCACCCUUCCUGGUGACACACAGAGACUUCCUCUUGAGGUGGCACUAAUGGAGCUCGUGUCCAAGCCGCCUCACUGUCCAUAUGUGAUAAAGCUGCUGGAAUGGUUUGAGACACCCAAAAUUGUCAUCUUGGUCCUGGAGCGGCCUGAGCCCUGCGUUGAUCUCUUCGAGUACUGUGAAGAUGUGAAAAUUUCUGAAAAUAAGGCUCAAGUUAUCAUGCAGCAAAUCGUCAACGCUGCACGUCACUGCCGUGACCGAGGUGUGAUCCAUCGUGACAUCAAGGAUCAAAACAUUCUCAUAAACCCUCAGACACUUGACGUGAAGCUUAUCGAUUUCGGCUGUGGCGAUCUGCUUAAGGACACGCCCUACACGGAAUAUUCUGGCUCCCAGGAUUAUGAACCACCUGAAUGGAUCAUUGAAAAAAAGUACGAGGCGGAACCUGCCACCGUAUGGGGUCUUGGCAUAUUCCUGUACACACUGUUACAUGGAGCAGAACCUUUUAAUGGACCACAAGAAAUUGUUAAUGGACACCUGGACUUUCCUUCUAAUCUGUCUGAAGCUUCCUGCAGUCUGAUAGAGUGGUGCCUGCAACGAAACCCUAAAAGACGACCAACGCUGGAGCAGAUCCUCACACACCACUGGUUCUGGAGACAUGUUAAUGAAAAACAGCAGAACAAAUCCAUAUAA